AACAAAAUCAAUGUUAGAUAAUAUUUUAUUUAAUCAAUUGUCCAAUGUUACAUUAAAUAUGAAUAGGAUUUCAGUUUUUAACAUUAGAUAUGCAAUCUAUGAUUAAUAAUACUAGAAAUAGAAGAAACAAUUGAAUUAUUUCAAAAUUUUAAAAUGUCAAAUUGUACAACACAUUUUCUUUAAUUAUAAAAAUUCUUUUUUCAUAUUUAUAAAUAGGAAAUGCAGAAAAAACUUUAAUGGUCGCCGCAUAUUUAUCCCUUUUUUGUAGUAUUAGUGAAAAACCAUUAGAAUAUUGGCAUAAACGUCAAUCGCAGACAGGAUGCAUUCGCAAGAUCUUAGAUACCGAUUUACUUGACAAUAUUAUAGAAAUUCAGGACAUUCAACAAUUAAAUAUUUCAAAAACAUCUAUUUCUUGUCCAUCCGAUAUAACUAAACUUCUAAACGUUGAAUUACCUGUUCUCGUAAUAAUAGUAAAACAUUUUGGAGCCGAUUGUCGUUUUCAAAUUCAGGUUAUCGAUACGAACAAAUUGCGUCAUCAUUUUCAAUUUUAUACCGGUGAUUCCGAUAAAAUUCGAAACGUCAAAGACCCAGUUAUUUGUCGGGCUAAAAUUCAAUUGCAAUCCGGUUGGAAUAAAAUAGAAUUAAAUUUAAAAACUUUAACGGAAACUGCUUUUAAAUGCCAUUACGUUGCAACGCAGAGAUUGGAAAUCUGUGCUAAUUGUCGAUUACGUAGAAUAUAUUUUCUAGAUAGACAUUAUAAAGAUUCUGAAAUUUCAUCCGAUUUAUAUCAAGGUUUUCUUGAUCUGUACAUGUUGAAAUGGGGUAUUCACCAAAUAGAUAACGCGACGCAGACUACUAAUUUAAAACAGAAAAAAUCAAAUCUUAAGAAUAAUAAUUAUAAAGUAAAGCAAAGCAUUUUAAACACUAAUAACAAUGCCAAUUCCGACGAGAUGUAUUGCAAUAACAAAAUAAAUCAUUCGUUAAUGCAGACCCAAUCCAACGACUGUUCUAAGUUAAUAAAUAAUAUAAGAAUGAAAUCGAAUAAUUUGAUAGAUGAAUUUUUUAAGAGACAAAAUCCAAGUUCACUAUCUAUCGAAAAUUUCAAGGAUCGAACAAUAAUAAAAUCAUACGUUGUACCGACGUUUAUUAAAAAGUUACAAAAAAAAGGAAACAAAUGGGACGAGGUUAAUUUAUCGAAUUGGAAUAAUAUUAUGGAGAAAACCAAAGAUAAAUCUAGUCUUCCUUUAUCUUCAGACACGCAGAAAAACCAUAACGAAACAUUUAAUAAUCUCAUGGAGCAACAAAAAGAUAUUUUUAAAAAUAAUAAUAUGGAAGAAAAAUGGACCUACAGAUAUCUUUACGAAGGGAAGCAUUAUUUAAAAACAAACGAUGCGAUGGAAAGCAAUACGUCGGAUGUACAAAAUAUUUCUAAUCAAUAUAACUGUAAUUUCUUAUUUCCAAUAUCGCAUAGAAUGGACAAUAAUCUAGCAAAAACAGCUGAUAUUCAAAGAAAAAUAAGAAAAAAUAGAACCGUAAAAUCUCAUUAAAUUUCUAUAACUAAAAUUUU